AUGGGCGUGUGGCGCCUCUCAGAUUCUUUUCAAAAAAAACGUAUAAAAAUUUCUCUUUUCACCUCACCUCGUAGGACCCCAGGAAACUGCUCUUCAAUUUGCAAUAAUAAAAAUGUCAAGGAAAUCGCUAAACUUAUUGUUGUGCAUGGUGCAGAUAUCAACAUUAAAAAUGAUUAUUGGAAAACAGCUCUUCAUUAUGCAGCAGAAAAAUGUAAUGAUAAAGAAACGUUUGAAGUUCUUAUUUCACAUGGUUUAAAAAUUAAUGAAAAAGACAAAGAUGGAAAAACUGCUCUUCAUUUAACAGCAGAGUUUGAUCGUUUAGACACAGUAAAGCUUCUAAUUUCUUAUGGUGCAAUAUAA